UAGCAAGCUCAGUCGCACGAUUCACAAGACACAAAACUCUUAAUUUCUUUAUACAUAUCAAGCGACGUCAAGUUACAUAUAACUCAGUCGUGGAACAAAAGCAGAAGGCUUUACAUUUAGCAAAUUCAGUUUUCAAUUUCGGCCGGUGAUAGGAAAUCCUCCCAGUGGAAAAGUGCAAAAAUGGAGGAGUAUUCGCGGGAGCCGUGUCCCCAUCGCAUCGUCGACGACUGCGGAGGAGCCUUUACCAUGGGUUGCGUUGGAGGCGGGCUCUUCCAGGGACUCAAGGGAUUCCGGAACGCACCACAAGGUCUAGGACGCAGGGUCGCCGGCAGCGUGGCCGCCAUCAAGACCAAGUCUCCGGUGAUAGGUGGCAGUUUCGCCGCCUGGGGUGCAGUGUUCAGCAUUGUGGACUGCAGCCUGGUUCACUUGCGCCAGAAGGAGGAUCCCUGGAACUCUAUAGUGAGCGGAGCUGUUACUGGCGGAAUUCUGGCCUCACGCAAUGGAGCGGCUGCCAUGGCUGGCAGUGCAAUUAUCGGUGGCGUACUGCUCUCAAUGAUCGAGGGUUUAGGCAUAUUUUUUACACGUUUCACGGCGGAACAGUUCCGAAAUCGUGAACCGCAUACCAUGUCUGAGGCCAAUGAUGGAUACGGUGACUUCAACUCCUCUUCCGGAUUUGGAUUUCCGGGUGCUCAGCAGGCCACUGCAACAAGCUAAAUUUCGAUUUUUCUUGUCUGGAGAUCGGGAGAGCGU